GUCGCGCAAAACUAUAAAGUUCAGUAGUUCAUGUUUAACUAAACUUUAGCGGUUUGUUACCGCUACGAUUUAUUUACAAUGCGUUCAUUGUAAGAAGUAAUUGUAAGUUAGCUUGUAGUGCAGAAUAUACGAACGACAGCAGUGAUACUCUCAACAAAUUGUCAUUAUGCUAUUCUAUUCUUUUUUCAAGUCCUUGAUCGGCAAGGAUGUGGUUGUCGAAUUAAAAAAUGACCUAAGUAUCUGUGGCACAUUGCAUUCCGUCGAUCAGUACUUAAAUAUAAAAUUGACCGAUAUCAGUGUAACAGAUACAGAUAAGUACCCUCAUAUGCUGUCUGUAAAAAAUUGUUUCAUUCGUGGAUCUGUGGUAAGGUAUGUACAGCUUCCAGGAGAUGAGGUAGAUACCCAGCUCUUACAGGAUGCAGCGCGCAAAGAAGCAGCGGUUCAAACGAGAUAACUUAUAGUUUCAUUAAGUCUAUCAUUAUCUUUUUAUUGGUAUUCUUUUGAUUCUACCUUUGUCAAGUACUACUUGCACAAAGCACAAAAAUUAUAAAUUAGUACGUGAAAUUGUACAAAAUACACGCUACUUGCGUGUAAAAAAAAUUCCAAUAUUUUCCAUAAAAUAAUGAUGUAUUAUUUGAUACAGAAUAUUAUUUAACUAUGUAUACAAAUAUGCAUACAACUAUGUAUACAAAGAACUCUCCAAUACAAUAUAGUAAUUUACACAUA